AUGCGCUCGACUAAAAAUCAAAAGGCUCAAGGGUCUGGAAAGGCUGUAAAGCGUGCAUCUCUCAAAGGAAAAGGCCGAGAGGAGGUGGCUCCUGUGAGCCCCUCCAAGCAGCUCAGGAAGGGUUCUGCAGUAGUCUUGGAUGAGAGUAUUGAACCCUGGAGUUGGUCGACUCUUGCUGAUCCUCAAGUUUCAACGCAGCCAGCCCUUUUUACUAAAGACGCAAGAUACUUCUUCAUUCCUGUAUCGUCUUCGGUAAAAAUCUACUCUACUGCGACCGGAAAAGUCGUCUCCACCCUCACGAGCCACACGCGAGUUACCAACGGUCAUUCAGAUCGAGUGACUUGCCUCAAGAUAAACCCUCAAAACUCGUUCCAACUUUUCGCUGGAUCAUCCGAUGAUAUGGAGGACUAUGUUUUUGUCGCUUGUAAGAAACCGAAUAAGAAGAAAGGGCAAGAUGAACAAACUCAAACAUCCGUCAUUAUGAGAGUCUCCUUGCGAACGACCAACGCAACCUCAGGAUCAAGCAUUCAAAAAUCUAGUCAAGUCAUUGUUGUAGGGAAGGCUCGAAUGAUGGUCGGGAUGGACGUCUCUGCUUCUGGAAAGUGGCUUGUUGUUGCCGGUGGUACCAAAGUCUACGUCGCAUCGACAGCGAAGCUAAAAGCAGGCUUCACCAAGUUUGCCUGCUCCGAAAAUCUUACAUGCUUGAGUGUUCAUCCUAAGGAAGACUGGAUAGCAACUGGGGAUGAGAAGGGGCAGCUGCGGCUCUG